AUGUCUCGCGGUGGACGCGGCGGCUUUGGUGGCCGUGGCGGCGCCGGUAUGAUGGGCGGCCACAAACUCCCCUUUGACGUCGACCCAGAUCUCGAAGACGUUUACAAAUACGGCGAGGAUGGUCAGACAGAAGAGGAUCCUGCUCUUGCACUUUUCCCACCCUAUCCCGGCGGCGUCCCUAUCGCACCACCACCAACAGCCGGAGAAAAGGAACUGGUCAAGAUCCACCGUGAGCUGAUCGCUCUCAAGCACGCUGGCCCGAACUACACUGGCCCACCAGGAUCACUCAAAGCAUUAUGUGGCAAGAAGACAGCUGCGACCUUCAAUGCUUUCGAGGACCAACAGACCUAUGCCAAGAAAUACGAACGCAAACCCUUCCGUCUUCCCGACCCAAAGAAGAGGAAGUGGGCAGCACCUCACCUGUUCCCGAAAGAACUAUGGGAGCACAUCGGUUACAACCCCGAUGCCGGGGAUGACGAUGGCCAGGGCGCGAGGAAGAAGAUUGUGCUCAAUCAGCGCACGACCCUCGACAAAUUAGCUAGAUUCGACGAAGAUGGCGAUGGUGGCGAUGCUGCUGAUGAUGACCCGGCAGAGGACGAAGUGAAUGCUGAGGAAGCUGGUGAUGGAGAUGUUGAAGCGCCACACGAUGAUGACUUCGACGAAGACGAUGACGAUGAUGCUAACGACUACAAUGCCGAGCAAUACUUCGACGACGGCGAAGACGACCACGAAGAAGGCGGGGACGAGUACGGCGGUGGUGGCGAUGAAGGGUACUGA